AUGAUGAUGCACGCGAUGAGUGAACAUGCUGGAGGUGUUGGAGGCCUUGGUGUAGGUGUGUUACCUUUUGACGGAAUGGGUUUAUAUGAACAACCGCGUCCAAAAUUUGUUUUUAAGAUGCCAAGAGUUGUACCUGACCAAAAGGCUAAAUUUGAAAGCGAUGAGUUGUUCAGACGACUAAGCCGUGAAUGCGAGAUAAGAUAUACAGGAUUUAGAGACAGACCUCUCGAGGAACGUCAAGGCCGCUUUCAAAAUGGGUGUCGAGAGGGUCAUACAGAAAUUGCGUUUGCUGCGAUGGGAACAAAUCUUCAACUGACCUUCGGCCCUUCCACAGGAAAUUAUUCUAACGAACCGAGUACAUGUGAUUUCGACAAGGAACACGGAAAGGUUCAUUUGAAAUCACAUUUGAUAAUGAACGGUGUAUGCGUAAAGUGGCGAGGUUGGAUCGAUUUAGAGCGUCUUGAUGGAGUUGGAUGUUUGGAAUUUGAUGAAGAAGCGGCAGCUAGAGAGGAUGCUCAAUUGCGCAAUCAACUGAACCGUUACAAUGAACGCCUACGUCAGUUUGAUGAGAAACAACGGGCAUACAGAAACGCGGCAGCACAACAACCGCACCAUAAUCAUCAUCUUGGCCAUCAUCAUCAUCACCACCAUCAUCUGGGUCAUCAUGUUUCGGGAACUAGUGGAGUAACAACACCAGCGGACAAAUUUUAUUAGAAGUUAUUAGAUUAAUACCAUUAG